GACACUUACCCUUUUCAAAAACUUUACACUAAACUUUAGCAUUUUGAAAUACUUCACUCUCUCGUACCAAUGGCUCACAUUCAUCCAUAUCGUACUGUAGUCUCUCCGGUCCUUUUUUCCUAUCAAGGAAUGGGAGCUACAAAUUCCUAAUCGUAAGGGAAACCUCUCUUCGUCUUCUUCUUUUUUUUUUUUUAGGAUUCAAAGAUGGGUUCUAUCUCCGAAGACGACAUUCAUCAACCGUUGCUGUUUUCGUCGGCGGCAUUAUUGUCGUCUCAGUCACUGCUUUCUAACCACCAUAAAACUAGCGAUGAACUGGAGAAAGUAUUAUCCGAUACCCAAUUGAGUGUCCUCCGACGUUACUCUCUUGCUUCUUGGAUCGAAAUGAAACUCAUGUUCUACUUAGCAGCUCCGGCCGUUUUUGUUUACGUGAUUAACUACCUCAUGUCUAUGUCCACUCAAAUCUUUUCCGGCCACCUCGGAAACCUCGAACUCGCCGCUUCCUCUCUCGGUAACAAUGGCAUUCAACUCUUCGCCUAUGGUCUCAUGUUAGGGAUGGGAAGUGCGGUGGAAACUCUAUGCGGGCAGGCAUACGGAGCACAGAAAUACCAUAUGCUCGGCAUUUAUUUACAGAGAUCAAUCAUAUUAUUGACACUAACAGGGUUUGCAAUAACAACUAUUUACAUAUUUUGCAAACCCAUCUUGAUAUUUUUGGGAGAAUCGAAGGAAAUAGCUUCGGCAGCGGAAGUAUUUGUGUACGGAUUGUUACCUCAAAUUUUCGCAUACGCAGUAAACUUCCCAAUACAGAAGUUUCUUCAAGCACAGAGCAUAGUGUUUCCGAGUGCUUACAUAUCAGCAGGGACGCUGGUGAUUCACGUGCUGCUCAGUUGGUUGGCUGCUUAUAAAAUGGGACUGGGGUUGUUGGGAGUGGCAUUGGUAUUGAGCUUGUCGUGGUGGAUAAUAGUGAUGGGUCAAUUUUUGUAUAUAAUUAAGAGUGAUAAAUGUAAAGAAACAUGGAGAGGAUUCAGUUGGAAGGCGUUUACAGGGUUGCCGGGAUUCUUCAAGUUGUCGGCAGCGUCGGCAGUGAUGCUGUGUUUGGAGACUUGGUAUUUUCAGAUUCUGGUAUUGCUUGCCGGAUUGCUCGAGAAUCCUGAGCUUGCUCUUGAUUCCCUUUCCAUUUGCACCACUAUCAGUGGAUGGGGUCUCAUGAUUUCAAUAGGCUUCAACGCUGCUGCAAGUGUGAGAGUGAGCAACGAACUUGGAAGUGGACAUCCAAAAUCAGCAGCAUUUUCUGUGGUGAUGGUGAAUUUAAUCGCCUUCAUUAUUUCUGUAAUUUGUGCUAUACUCGCACUAGCACUUCGCGAUGUCAUUAGUUAUGCCUUUACCGAUGGCCCUAUUGUAGCCGAAGCCGUCUCCGAUCUCUGCCCACUUCUUGCUCUCACCCUCCUUCUCAAUGGAGUCCAACCUGUGUUAUCUGGAGUGGCGGUGGGGUGCGGUUGGCAAGCUUUCGUUGCAUAUGUAAACAUCGGUUGUUAUUAUGUGGUGGGCGUGCCCUUGGGUGCCCUCCUUGGUUUCUAUUUCAAUUUUGGUGCUAAGGGUCUAUGGUUGGGGAUGAUUGGUGGAACUGCUGCCCAGUCCUUCAUUUUGUCAUGGGUCGUACUUCGAACCGAUUGGAAUAAAGAGGUGGAAGAAGCAGCAAAAAGAUUAAACAAAUGGGAAGAUGAGAAGAACCAAAUUGUUUUAAAGGAGCAACUCUUUUAAUUUAUUUCAUUGCAAAUAUGAAUUCUUGGUAUGUAAAUUCAACUGCUCUCAUUAGUUGAUUAAACUUGGGACUAUUUUUCAUGGAGAUUCUGUGUACCUUUUCGAGAAUACAUCUAGUUUAGUCUCUUGGUUUUUCU